AAAAUGAAUAGUCAAUACAUACGACAUGAAGUGCGAGGAUGUGAAACUAGCAACCUGAGAAACUUCUGGGAAAAGACAAUUGAACAGCAAACUCGGUACAUGCAAGUUGAAAAAGAACGUCAGCAAAAAAGUGCUCUGACAAAGCUCAGAAACGAAUGGAUGGAGAGGCUUGAAAAACGAAUAAAGAUGUUGAGAACCCAACCUGAAGACUCAUCUAGUUGAAGAACCCACACUCACUGCAUGUAUGGGAAGAGAAUAGAAUGUUUUGCAGGAGAGUAUGACAGUGGGAUGCAAAAACUCGAGUGAAUUUUAAACUGUGGCUUAAUUGAGCAAUAAAUAAUUAGCUGUCAUUGUCAGAAGAUUCACAUGUGAAUUGCUGCUUUUAACGUUAUGUAUACAUCCCUUCAUUUGGUAAACAGAGAUUGAAAUACUCUGAAGUGUUCAGAACAAAUAGUUCAUUGAUCUGUAGAUGCUUGGGGGAAAAAAAAGAAAGAAAAAAAAAAAAAGAAAGAAAGAAAAAAAGCAUUUUGCUACACUGCGCUCAGCAAAUAUAUUUCCAGGAUAUGAGUUUCCUCUCUGAACAAAAUUGAUGGCAAUUUAAUGAAGUAGGCUCCCACUUCCCCCUCCCCCCCCAAGUGUUUAAUGAAUAGUUAAGUGAUUAUGCUUUUAGUUUUAGCUUUGCGUUGUUUUGUUUUUAAAUACAGGAGAGCCCUACUUAUCCUAAGAAAGCUAGCACAUGUACAAACAUAUUGUUACAUUCUAGAUCACAAAUACUGCAAUACCUGACAGCCAUUAUAGAUCCUAUUUGGCUUAUUAUAUACUCAUAAAGCCAUUAAUACAUAGUGUGAGAAACAGGCUUUGUGAUAUACCAAAAAUAACUGCUCUGCUUGUUAAACCAAGUUAGCUAAAUCGAGAGGCAAAAUGACUUGGAGAAUUGAAGCUGUUUCUGGUACUCAGAUCAAAUUGUCUAAGGCUGGACUGUUGCAUGCUACAUAGAGCAACCUCAUGCAACUUCACAGCUGUCUGACAUCCUGAGUGGAGAGCAUACUCUCCUCUCUGAUGAAACCUAGUAUAUAUUCCUUCAAAACCAGUAACUUCAGAAAAGCAGCAAAUUUCCUCUCUCACUUUUACCUUUAGUCAGAGCAGUUUCUAGUUCCCUUUCUAAUGCAUCAUCCGAAUGCAGCAUUCGGAUGUGAUGUCUCUUUCAAUGGUACCAAAGCACAUCAAUAGGCAGCAUAAUCAAAUUAUUUCCUUCUUAGGGUGACUUAUUUGUUGCCAUCACCAUGUGUGGGGUAACACAAGGCAAAAUGGGCAGUUCUGAGUACUAUAAAAAUCUUUCCACAAUUGCUUAACUUUUCAGUUCUUUUCAUAUGAGCAUUUCACUGGUUUUCUGGUAAUUCAUUUAAUUUCAUAGUAAACAUUUGAAUUGCUGGGAGAUAAGAAGAAAACUGAAGAAAAGUCUGGCAUUUACAGUUUAGAAAACCUGCUGUUUUUUUGUCUUUGUUUUAAAGAAAAACAGAGUUCAAAUGCUAUUUGUUCAGUCUUCAUAUACUACCUUUUAAUUUCACUUCUAUGUGCCCCUAGGACAAAUGAGACAUAUUACAAGAAUUAAAACAUUAAAAAAAAUUACCAAUCAAGUGAUUUUUUGGAAACCCGUGAAAUCCAUUAGAUGUGGUAUCAUUUUGAUGCCCUUGAAAUAUGUGUUUGGAAAUCAAGACAUCAGUAGGUAUGUCAUCACACUUGAGAGUAAUUUGCCUGACAGAUUUGAAAGCUGCUGAACACACAUUCUUCACCAGAAUCUCUUUCUUGAGCAGUAUUUAAGGCAAAAUCAAUUGGGAACACACAUUCUCAUUUACUCCAGAAGAUAACAGUAUAAUUACAGUAUAGCUGUGCUUUAAUGAACCAGCCCUAAGCAUACACAUAGUUUAAUAUUAAAUUCUAGCAAAAGUUUUCUUUAAAAAUGUUAGUUCUCACACUUCAUUUAUUUAAUGUCUCACACAGACAUUAUCUGUCUGUGCUUCAUGCUUACUGAACUCCAUUAUGCAGCAGAAUUGCUUUUACAACAAUUUGAAUGAAAUCAGAACUUGAACUGAAGACAGGGUAACAUUUUCUGCCCCCUUAAUAAUUGCAUAUGUGACGGCACAAAAUGCAACACAGAGAAAAUUACAGUUUAGGAAAUUUAAAAAUGAAGAAGUCACUACUGUAGUAAGUCUU